ACGUCAGUUGGGUUGUUCCCGGUGACGGAGUCGGAGAGCAGAGCUUUGGAAGCUGCCCUCGCGUGGAGUCGGUGAUUCAGUCCUCAGCGUGACCGCAUCGAUUUCACUGGGCCGUUGCCGCAGCCGUUGUCGUAGUCCUUGCCGUUGCCGUUGAUAUCGGUUGCGUUCCGCGCCAACGCGUGACCCGACCUCUCGCCGGAGCCCCGAUUCUCUUGUCACUCCUGUGCGCCCGUCUCGCGCCCGCUUUGGAUAACCCUCCGCUCCCGUUUCGACCUAUCCAAGAAAAUGGCUCCUAUAAUAUCUAACGACCUUGAUAAAUAUUUUUCCGAUGUUGAUAUUCCUGACGAAUUACGUGACGAUAUUGAUAGUCUAAAAGCUUGGCUUGAGAAGCAACCACAUCUUCCAAAGGUUUCAGAUCGACAACUUCUAGUUUUUUUCAAUGUCAACCAGCAAAGCACAGAGAGGACCAAAAAGUUCCUGGAAUGUCACUACACAAUUCGGACGCAUGCACCUGACUUUUUCUCAAAUCGAACGGUCGAUGAGUUCAGGAACAUCGCGGACUAUCUGCAUUUGAAUAUUCUGGCGGGCAAAACGGUGGAAGGACACAAAUUGGAAGUGAUCUCAUUGAAAGAUUUUACCGUUAGCAAAUUCAAUUUGGCACAAUGUUGUAAAUACAUGUUUGCAAUGUCUGAUAUCGCAUCUCACGAAGUACUUGACAACAACAAAGGAUGGCGGAUACUUUUUGACAUGAACGGUUUUGGAUUAGGUCAUUUCUUGAGAUUCCAUCCAGCAGUUGUUAAGAAAUGCAUUCUCUACGUUCAGGAUGCCUUGCCUUUGCAACUCAAGGGAAUCCAUAUUAUCAACGCAAUUCCCUUGGUUCAUCAAAUUCUUGCAAUGGUGAAACCCAUCAUGAAGAAGGAAGUUUAUGAUUUGAUUCAAAUCCACACAUCCUCUGAAUGGGAGUCACUUUACAAAGUGGUGCCACAAGAACUUUUACCAUCAGAUUUUGGCGGCAAAGAUCAGUCCAUGGACCAGCUUCACGGUAACUCAUUGAAAAAGCUGGAACACUAUGCAAACUGGUUCAAAGAGGAGGAAAAACUCCGGGUUGACGAAACAAAGAGGCACGGUCACGCAAAAGACCCCAGUGAAAUUUUCGGCAUUGAAGGUUCCUUUAGAAAGUUAUGUGUAGAUUAAGCAACGAUUUUGAGUGUGUAAACGCUGAGUGAAGGGUCGUCAGUUUAGCUUGACCGUUUUUAACAGGUGAGCAACUGAAUUCUGAAAAGUAGCCCCAUCUCAUGGUCUAUUCCUCCAGUCAUUUAAAUGCACUAUUUCUUUAGCGGAAAGGAAAGUUUCCUAAACUACUUUUUCUAUACAUACCGAUCAAAACUUUGAUAUUUAGUGGUUUUGUUUGAGUUCUAGUAAAGCGUAAACGGGAAUGUGUAUUCUAAACAUAUCAUGUAGAUGGGGUUGUUUUGUUAAACUCCUUGCCAAAUUGUGAUUAGACGAAUUCGUUUUUAUGGUAUGGAUGAACAACAGUAGAAAUGAAUCGUCGUAGGAACCUGAUUUUUUUUAUGAAUAAAAUCUUCAUUGCGGUACUUAAAUCCCAUCAGUAAAUUUCAGUACGUCAGAAUCAGAAAGACUUUUACCAUACUUUGACGUUAAUACGCAUUUCUGCACGACAAAAUUCGUGCAAUAGCACUACGUGUAGGUACCCAUUUCUGUAAAUUUUUAUCUAAGAAAACUUGUAUAGUAACUGUAUGAUUAUUUUUUAAACUUGGCCUAUUCUAUCAGAGGUAUUUUUCAUAUAUAUAUAAGUGUCUGUUCAUCGCUUUGAUACAUAUCACCUACUUGAUCAAACAUGCUUCAUAAGAGAGAUUAUUCGCUUGAAAUUAUUGAAACCGCGAUGCACUCGUAGACAUCAGGAUAAAUGAAUAUAAAUAUGAAGUUGUGAUGUAUUUAUUUCCUUUCGGUUUAAGGUGCAAAAAGGUAAAUUAUCUGACAAACGAUCUCGCUCAUGUUAUCAUAGGUUUCAUGUUAAUAUUUACUCCUAAGAUAUUGUUUACUUUAGCAUACCGAGCAUACAGGCAUGCAGUCUGACUUUUUUACAGUCGGAUACCACAUCAUUGUCUUCUUUGUAAAAGUACAGAGAAGCUGGUCGAUAUAUAUAAAUCGAUCGAUUGAUUAAUUUUUUUACAAAAAAGCGUGUAAGUAUCUCAAACCAGUGCUUCAAUUAUUCCUGAUGUAACUCUCUUGUUAAAAUAAAGGAAAUCUAUAACAAUAAA